AUGCAACUUAGAAAUAAGAAAAUACCUUGGACACUAGAAGAAAAAAAUCUGGCUUUGACUUUGUUCUACAAAUCCCCAACAGCCUACAAUUUUUUAAGGCUACAAAAUAUAAACUUACCCGCUCCAUCGACCAUUCGUCGUUGGAUCGGACACUCAAAAUUUUUACCUGGCUUAAGUGGCAUAUUUUUUAGUCACAUUAAAAAAAAAUUUGAACAUAAAACAAAUAAUGAAAGAAGUCGCAGUAUAAGUUUUGACGAAAUGUACAUAAAAGAAUUUUUAGAAUAUUCAAAAGACUAUGACUUCAUUGAAGGAUUUGAAGAUUUUGGACAUUAUGCAUAA